AUUUUGGUUCAACAUUAUUCUUAUUCAAAUACAAAUGGGUCACUCGACGGAGAAGGAAAGGGAAAAGAAAAAGAAAACUAGGGGGCGGUGAAAUUGCAGAGGGACAUAGCAAUAGCAAUCGCCGUCGCCAUCUGAAACUUAAAAUUGCUGAGCAUGGAUUCGCGCCAUGCAUCUCUUGGUCGACGAACGCUGGAGGAAAUUCGUCAGAAGAGGGCGGCGGAGAGAUUGAGCAAGACAUCUUCGGGGCCAGAUCUGAGCCAGAUUCCUAGAAGCUCCGAACUUGCGGGAAUGACAAAGUCUGAGAGCGCCAAUAGAUUGUCUGAGACAGACAUUAGUGCUGUAUUAUCUCAACUAAAAGACCUGCAAAAGAAGAAUACAGUGUUGGAGGAAGAAAACAGGAAAAUAACUUUCAAGCUUCAAACAGUGGAAAUCGAUAAUGACACAAUGCGCAAGCAAUUGAAUGAUCUGGAGCAAAAUACAGUGCCAUCUCUCAGGAGAGCUCUCAAGGAUGUUGCAAUGGAGAAAGAUGCUGCAGUUGUUGCACGGGAGGACCUUUCAGCACAACUUCGUACCCUGAAGAAGCGUUUGAAGGAAGCAGAAGAUGAGCAAUAUCGUGCUGAGGAAGAUGCAGCUGCAUUGAGAGCUGAAUUGAACUCAAUUCAGCAGCAAUCAAUGACAAGUCCAGUUAAUGCAAUUUCACCACUUGGUCCUCCUCCAGAUCAACUUCAAAUAUUGGAAAAGGAGUUAGCUGGCUUAAGAUUACAGUUGCAGCGAGAGACAAUGCUGAGGCACCAGGAGCAGGAACAAUUGGCAAAAGAACAAACCCGCAUUGUAGCAUUGACGUCCGAAAAGCAGGAGUUGGAAGAGAAACUCAACUCCAUGUCUAGAGAAGCUUCAGAAGUCUCAGAUAAAGUAGUAGCUAACAAGCCAUUAUCUAUGGAAGACAAGCAAAAACUUGAAAGGCAGUUGCAUGAUAUGGCAUUAGCCAUUGAAAGGUUGGAAAGCAGUAGGCAGAAACUUCUACUGGAGAUUGAUUCUCAAUCCACUGAAAUAGAGAGACUUUUUGAGGAGAAUUCUAAUCUCUCAAAUUCAUAUCAAGAGGCAGUUGGAGCUGCAGCGAGAUGGGAAAACCAGGUACUGGAGUGUCUUAAGCAAAAUGAAGAGCUUCGUGGGAUUCUAGAUAAAUUAAGAAUGGAACAGGCUACGAGCUUCCAGGACAAGGCUCAUGAGAUUAGUUCCUCGGCAACCACGGCUGAGAUGGCAUCUGUGAAGGGUGCACUUGUAAAAGAACAGAGUAGAGCAGAGGCACUAUCAGCAGAAGUCAUGCGGCUUUCUGCACAACUCGAACAAGUCAAACAAGCAUACGAUGGCAUUACACGCUUCUAUGGGCCAGUUCUUCGCAACAUUCAAAGCAAUCUUGUGAAAAUGAAGCAAGACAGAUCGUUGGCUGUACAGUGAUGGCAAUGAGGAGUUACGGGAUGAUAAUAUACUAUUGCAUUUGUGAAGCGAUGCCUUGAAGACGUGUAUUUGUAUGGUUGACAUAUUCUUGUUAUUUUUUUUCACCAUCAUUAAUAUUUAGUUUAAUAGAAAAGAAGCAAGAUGGUUUCAAUAUGAGCAAUUUUGUUAUACACUCAGCAUGUGAAGCCUUUGUUAAACUCAAACAUGAAUUUGCAGAACACUAGAAGUCUAGAACGCCCAUUCUUUGUACCAUUUCAAUUUGUAUAGUAGAAUCAAAGCACUAUCACUUUCUUGAGUAGAACAAUUAAUUCUCAUGAAUUAAAUUUGGGGGCAUUUCGAUUUGGAUUUCAGCAGAUAUCAAUAGUUCAAUACACACACAACACUUUUUUUAUAUAAAUAAUACUAACCUUCUACCGUA